AAGUACUCGCUUCAACAGACAUUGCUACUUCCUGACCAUUUGACAACAUUUACUCUGUAGAUGUAAUUUCAACGCACGACAGAUCGCGUCAAUCUGCCAAGAGAGUUCCCCAUCCUGACCGAUGUAACCACCGGGGUCGUCGACCUUCUGAUGGACCCACGGCGUCCGGAUCCGCACGCCUCUGUCUGUCGACGCUAGUCUCCCCCAUCCGAGACAUCCGAGACACCACCAUGGAAGUAGGGAAGAUGUUCUUCUGAUUUGACUCUUGAUCUCCUCCUGGUUGACCGCUGAGUGCACGUCUGGUCCGGUACCCAGGGGUAGCUUCUACAUCUACAGGUCUAUGCUAGUCUAUGUUGUCCUCUCGUUCUUCAGGAGUAAGGUCAUAGAGCUGCGAUAGAUACUUUUGCAAACAAGUCCAUCCAGACUGGCUAGUUAGAGGCCAUAAGAGGUUCAUACCGACGUGUGUACAGGGUGAACCGCCAGGGAGGACGAUGAGUUUCUUUAGUUUUGGUCAAAGUGCAGAAAUCGAUGUGGUGUUGAAUGACGCCGAGACGAGGAAGAAGGCUGAACACAAGACAGAAGAUGGGAAGAAGGACAAGUACUUUCUGUUCUACGAUGGGGAGACGGUGAGUGGGAAGGUGAACGUCACUCUGAAGAACCCCGGGAAGAGGCUGGAACACCAGGGGAUCAAGAUCGAGUUUGUGGGCCAGAUAGAGCUGUACUACGACAGAGGGAACCAUCAUGAGUUUGUGUCUCUGGUCAAAGACUUGGCCAGACCCGGUGAGAUCACCCAGUCCCAGACCUUUGACUUUGAGUUCACUCAUGUUGAGAAGCCAUACGAGUCCUACACCGGCCAGAACGUCAAGCUCAGGUACUUCCUACGAGCGACGGUCAGCAGAAGAAUGAACGACAUCAGUAAAGAGAUGGACAUCGUGGUCCACACUCUGAGCACCUACCCAGAGCUAAACUCGUCUAUUAAGAUGGAAGUGGGGAUUGAAGACUGCCUCCACAUUGAAUUUGAGUACAACAAAUCCAAGUAUCAUCUGAAAGAUGUGAUCGUGGGGAAGAUCUACUUCCUACUGGUGAGGAUCAAGAUCAAGCAUAUGGAGAUUGACAUUAUAAAGCGCGAGACCACUGGCACAGGACCGAGCGUGUACCACGAAAACGACACCAUCGCCAAGUACGAGAUCAUGGACGGGGCGCCAGUAAGAGGGGAGUCCAUCCCAAUCCGGUUGUUUCUGGCCGGCUACGAGAUGACACCGACCAUGAGAGACAUCAACAAGAAGUUCUCGGUGCGCUACUACCUGAACUUGGUUCUGAUCGACGAGGAGGAGAGGCGCUACUUCAAACAGCAGGAGAUCACGCUGUGGAGGAAGGGCGACGUGGUGAGGAAGAGCAUGUCCCAGCAGGCCGUCAUCGGGGCCCAGAGGUUCGAGGGCUCGGCCGCGUCCGAGAGCGCACUGGAGCAGGCGGCGAGGGAGGAGAGCGGCUAGCCCCCCCCCCCCGGAGGAACGGAGGUGUCUGGUGGACUGAGGGUCGGUCUGGUUCCCUCCACCCACCACCAGGUGUUACCAGCUGUCUGGCAUGUUUUGGCUGCUGGGGGGGGGGGUGAAGCCGGGCUUUAUGUGCACAAUAGAGGAAAACAACUGAGAGAAGCGGAGUGGAUGAGCCAAUUUACGUGGCUUGGGUUGCAGGUCUUGUUCUUGUUCGUUUAGUUUUUUUGGGGGGGGGGGGGGGGGGGGGGAACUAAUCAUGUUACAGCUUCCUGUGGUUGAAGUCUGAGAUUCUGCUUUUCACUCUCAAGUGACCGAUUUGUUUUGUUUUUGUCAUCUCACGUCACAUUCUAACACGUUCCGUUCUGUAAAUUAAUUUGUAUGAAACUUACACUUUUGUCCGAAUGAUUUAGUUGUAAAAAAAUGUCAAAAGAAAUUUAGACAUUCCACAUUUAAUCAACGUCAUUCCUAAUGUUUUAAGGUCAAGAGAACCAAUAACUUUGCACUUCUAUUUCUUGCUAAAUAUAUUGUUUCCUCUUAUGUAUUGUUUUGUGUCCUACGAAAAUUAACUGGAGCGCAUUUGUUUCUGUCAGCCCCUUGUCCUUAAAUCAAAGGAUUCAGUAUUAUCCUAUCGAUUAUGAUUUGUACAUAAGAGCAGUGCCCGUCCAUCGCUUGUGAUUGACCUUGCAGUGCAUAGUGCCACAACAUGACCAUCGACAUGCUUUACCUCAGCAUUCCACCGGUAUUAGAAGAGGGUGUCUAUGUGCUUGUAUUUAAGGCCUCGUGUUCUGUAUCUUCCACAUUAGAAACUACUGAAGUGGUGCCUAAUUGUACCUAGCAAAUUAAAUCCUCUUGGCUACCAUAUUUUAGUAUUUUAACCCGGAAGGUGUACAAUAGAUCGACUUUCUCUUUUGCUAAAUACUAAUCAUGUAUUCCUUGUCCCACAAAACUAUAAAUAAAUUGAUGCCAAAUGAC